ACUCUUUUUCUUUGUUUCAACGAAGUACAAUAUGAUUCCCAGAUCUACCCCACUCCUCGUGAAAUGAAGAAGAAAAAUUCCUCCUUUUCUUGUUCAUCUUUGAUUUCAACCAAUAGUUUCUGAGAAAGUUGAAAUCUUGAAGGGUUUCUUGUUGUGUUUCGUGCUCCCUCAUGGAAUCCAGGAGGUCCUUGGGGCCUUUCUUGGCUUUGAUUUUGGUUGCAGUGAUUCCUCGUUUGGUCAUCGGAGGGGAUAUAGUUCAUGAGGAUGAUCAGACUCCAAAGCAGCCUGGAUGCUCAAACAACUUCGUUUUGGUAAAAGUGCAAACUUGGAUUGGAAAUCGAGAAGACAAUGAGUUUGUUGGUGUUGGUGCUCGAUUUGGGACCCCAUUACAGUCGCAAGAAAGACAUGCCAAUCGAACCCGCCUUUCUAUUGCAGAUCCUCCAGAUCUCUGUACCCCACCCAGGAAUAAGGUUACUAAAGAUGUCUUAUUAGUGCACCGUGGUUAUUGCACAUUUACUACAAAGGCUAAGGUUGCAGAAGCUGCUGGUGCUUCUGCAAUCAUCAUAAUCAAUAACCGUAAAGAACUGUAUAAAAUGGUCUGCAAUCGCAAUGAAACAGAUCUGCACAUAAACAUACCUGCUGUUAUGCUGCCGCAAGAUGCAGGUGCCAGCUUGGAGGCCAGUAUCAAAAGUGGUGUCUCUGUUGCAGUUCAGUUAUACUCUCCAGAUCGUCCUCUCGUGGAUAUAGCAGAAGUAUUUUUGUGGCUAAUGGCGGUUGGCACCAUCUUAUGUGCAUGCUAUUGGUCAGCAUGGAGUGCCAGAGAAGCAUCUAUCGAACAUGAAAAGUUGCUAAAGGAUGCUCCAGAGGAGUUACUCAAAAUGGAAACAGCUGCCAGUGGUGUGGUGGACAUCAAUACCACUUCAGCAGUUCUAUUUGUUGUGAUUGCUUCAUGCUUCCUCAUCCUGCUUUACAAACUCAUGUCCUUUUGGUUCGUGGAGCUUUUGGUGGUUCUAUUUUGCAUUGGUGGAAUAGAGGGUUUGCAAGCAUGCUUGGUUGUCUUGCUGUCAAGAUGGUUUAAACGUGCUUCGGAAUCAUUCGUCAAAGUACCCUUCUUUGGAGCUGUUUCACACCUUACUUUAGCUGUUACUCCAUUCUGUGUAGCGUUUGCUGUUGUUUGGGCAGUUUAUCGCCGCAUGUCGUUCGCAUGGAUAGGACAAGAUAUUCUGGGUAUUGCGCUGAUUAUUACUGUUCUUCAGAUUGUCUGUGUACCUAAUCUCAAGGUUGGUACUGUGCUCCUCACCUGUGCUUUCUUGUAUGACAUCUUUUGGGUUUUUAUUUCAAAGUGGUGGUUCAAUGAAAGUGUGAUGAUUGUGGUUGCUCGCGGUGAUAAGACCGGAGAGGACGGUGUGCCUAUGUUACUGAAAAUCCCACGUAUGUUUGAUCCAUGGGGUGGUUAUAGCAUUAUUGGUUUUGGUGACAUCCUUCUUCCAGGACUAUUAAUUGCAUUCGCUUUGAGAUAUGAUUGGGCCGCAAAGAAAAAUCUACGAGCUGGUUAUUUCUUGUGGUCAAUGGUUGCCUAUGGUACCGGUCUUCUUAUUACAUACGUCGCCUUAAAUCUGAUGGACGGGCAUGGCCAACCGGCCCUUCUUUAUGUCGUCCCAUUUACGCUUGGUACUUUUUUGGCUCUAGGAAAGAAAAGAGGUGAACUGAAGAACCUGUGGACUAGAGGAGAACCAGAAAGGGUAUGCCCACACAUUGAACAUGCUCAAUGAGACAGUAACUAAAAUCCACAGAAAAAACAUGUAACCCUGUAAAAUUAUAUUAGAGGUUUAUGUAAUGUGGUUGUUCUUUUAUGGUUUUAGAGUUCUCAUUUCAAGUUGUACUUGUUUAUUAUAUAUAUGUAUGCCAGUUAAAAUACAUGAAAAUACUGAGCAUGAACUUAGUUAAGUAGCCAAAAAUAACUGUUAACAAAAUUAGGAUA